AUGAUCAACGAGCAGGUAGUGAAGCUCAAGUACUGUUUCACCUGCAAGAUCUUCCGGCCACCGCGCACCUCCCACUGCUCCCUUUGUGACAACUGUGUGGGUAAGGACUGGUGACAGAGGGGGGCGUUCAACAUGGAACACAGACGGGGGGGGGUCAACACACUGACAUUUAUUAGACUGAAUUAUUUAGACUACUACACAGCCUGUUACUGAGGUUGUUUUGUUGAACAGUCUAUCGGUCUUAUAAAGAGGAUGUAUUAGUGUUCUCCUCCAUAAAGAUGCUGAUCAACUCUGAAAGCAGGGCCUCUUAAAAUGUGAGACUUUUUUUCUACAUUUCAUUCAAAUGUAUUUUCCUAUUGAAAGGCGCUUGAGAUCUUGGCCUCAAUGUCAAUGAGAUGUUCUUUGCCCUAUUGCUCUCUCCUUCCCCCUAUCGCUCUCUCCUUCCCCCUAUUGCUCUCUUCUUCCCCCUAUCUCGCUUCCUGUCCUCCAGAGCGAUUCGACCACCAUUGUCCCUGGGUGGGGAAUUGUGUUGGGAAGAGGAACUAUCGUUUCUUCUACACCUUCAUCGUCUCUCUGUCCUUCCUGACAGCCUUCAUCUUCGGCUGCGUCGCUACACAUCUAGCACUGAGUACGUAGUCUACACAGCAGAUACAUCUGGCCACUGCCCUGGCUUGUGAUAAUUACGGAACUGUUGAGUGUAUCCUGAUAUCAUCCUGUCAUGAUAGUCAUGGUUUUCUGUAACAAUCUUAAAUUGUUCUGUCCUCAGGGGCACAAGGAGGGAGAGGCCUGAUGUUUGCUCUUCAGGAGAAUCCAGCCAGAUAUCCUUUUACCAAGACUCUGUGUGUCUAGGUUAACCUAUCAGAUCCCCUCAUAAUACCACUCCCUGCCUCGCGUAGUGUGGUGUUAGGGCACCUAAACUGUCAUUCACUUUAGCUUCUUGGCUGUAUUGCAGAAUAAGAAUGAGUCUCUGUCCAGCUGACGUCUCUGGUGAUAUUUAGAUACUCAAACCAUAAAUGUUGUCCUUGACUUUUCUUCCUGCACUGCUGUGGAGCUGGUGAUUUGCUUCUUUUCAGUUUGGUCGAUCUUGGGCCUCUCAGGCUUCCAUACCUACCUGGUUGCUUCUAACCUGACCACAAAUGAAGAUGUGAGUAAAUGCCAAGGAGUGUGAUGUCUGUCACCUCUGGGAUAUGUGUGAUAAACCUAUAGAUGUUAUAUACUUUAAAGGUUCAAUGCAGCUGUUUUUAUCUCAAUAUCACAUCAUUUCUUACUGUGAUUGUUUUAAAUUAAAAUGGUCAAAAAGACACAUAGCUUCUUAGCGAAGCACAAUUCCUCAAGCAAGAAUUUAUCUAGGACUGUCUGGGAGUGGUCUGAGUGGGGGGGGGUAAACGGAAAAUUGGCUCUUAUUGGCAGAGAGGUUUGGAACUCUUUCUUAUUGGUCUAUUAACUAAUUUACUGCAUGGUUGUGUCACCAUGGAAGGCCAAAACUCCAUCCCACCAAAACAGGCAAACAUUUCACUAAAAGGGCAUUAUCAUAAUUUUCACAAUCAUAGCAUUAUUCUAACCUUAUAGUGUGGAAAAUGUGUGUCUACCUACGUAUGUAUGUAUGUAUGUAUGUACGUACAUACAGUGAGGGGAAAAAAGUAUUUGAUCCUCUGCUGAUUUUGUACGUUUGCCCACUGACAAAGAAAUGAUCAGUCUAUAAUUUUAAUGGUAGGUUUAUUUGAACAGUGAGAGACAGAAUAACAACAAAAAAAUCCAGAAAAACGCAUGUCAAAAUUUUUAUAAAUUGAUUUGCAUUUUAAUUAGGGAAAUAAGUAUUUGACCCCCUCUCAAUCAGAAAGAUUUCUGGCUCCCAGGUGUCUUUUAUACAGGUAACGAGCUGAGAUUAGGAGCACACUCUUAAAGGGAGUGCUCCUAAUCUCCGCUUGUUACCUGUAUAAAAGACACCUGUCCACAGAAGCGAUCAAUAAAUCAGAUUCCAAACUCUCCACCAUGGCCAAGACCAAAGAGCUCUCCAAGGAUGUCAGGGACAAGAUUGUAGACCUACACAAGGCUGGAAUGGGCUACAAGACCAUUGCCAAGCAGCUUGGUGAGAAGGUGACAACAGUUUGUGCGAUUAUUCACAAAUGGAAGAAACACAAAAUAACUGUCAAUCUCCCUCGGCCUGGGGCUCAAUGCAAGAUCUCACCUCGUGGAGUUGCAAUGAUCAUGAGAACGGUGAGGAAUCAGCCCAGAACUACACGGGAUAAUCUUGUCAAUGAUCUCAAGGCAGCUGGGACCAUGGUCACCAAGAAAACAAUUGGUAACACACUACGCCGUGAAGGACUGAAAUCCUGCAGUGCCCGCAAGGUCCCCCUGCUCAAGAAAGCACAUAUACAGGCCCGUCUGAAGUUUGCCAAUGAACAUCUGAAUGAUUCAGAGGAGAACUGGCUGAAAGUGUUGUGGUCAGAUGAGACCAAAAUCGAGCUUUUUUGGCAUCAACUCAACUCGCCGUGUUUGGAGGAGGAAUGCUGCCUAUGACCCCAAGAACAUCAUCCCCACCGUCAACCAUGGAGGUGGAAACAUUUAUGCUUUGGGGGUGUUUUUCUGCUAAGGGGACAGGACAACUUCACCGCAUCAAAGGGACGAUGGACGGGGCCAUGUACCAUCAAAUCUUGGGUGAGAACCUCCUUCCCUCAGCCAGGGCAUUGAAAAUGGGUCGUGGAUGGGUAUUCCAGCAUGACAAUGACCCAUAACACACGGCCAAGGAAACAAAGGAGUGGCUCAAGAAGAAGCACAUAAAGGUCCUGGAGUGGCCUAGCCAGUCUCCAGACCUUAAUCCCAUAGAAAAUCUGUGGAGGGAGCUGAAGUUUCGAGUUGCCAAACGUCAGGCUCGAAACCUUAAUGACUUGGAGAAGAUCGGCAAAGAGGAGUGGGACAAAAUCCCUCCUGAGAUGUGUGCAAACCUGGUGGCCAACUACAAGAAACAUCUGACAUCUGUGAUUGCCAACAAGGGUUUUGCCGCCAAGUACUAAGUCAUGUUUUGCAGAGGGGUCAAAUAAUUAUUUCCCUCAUUAAAAUGGAAAUCAAUUUAUAACAUUCUUGACGUGUUUUUCUGGAUUUAUUUGUUGUUAUUCUGUCUCUCACUGUUCAAAUAAACCUACCAUUAAAAUUAUAGACUGAUCAUGUCUUUGUCAGUGGGCAAACGUACAAAAUCAGCAGGGGAUCAAAUACUUUUUUCCCUCACUGUACAUACGUAUCAGUGGCGGUUGGUGCCGUUUAAGAUGAGGGAGGAUUUCUUUAUUUUUUAUGAGCAUGGUCUUAUUUCUAUUACAGCAUAUUGGAUGACUGUCAUUCAUAUUCAAUUCAUCCAGUUCAAUGUAACAUCGAUAGAUUUAGGCUACUACGUGAUACUCAAAUUUUCCCUAUAUCCAUCACGAGGUUGCUACAACCUAGCCUAUGAAUGAAAGUUUACAACGUAGGUGCACACAGGUCGAGAGAAAGAUUUGAGGUGACACAGUGAAACAUGGACAGACAGUGACACAUUCAAUACCGCCUUGCACACUCUUGCCUGCAUCUAGCUGAUCUAGGGUGUAAUCAAUAGUCCAACAGUUGCAAAUGAGUUUCUAUUGGACAAAUUCAGGUAUGUUUAUCCCUGUUCCAUUUGCUUCCAUAUAAGAAAUGUUUUUCAACACAAUCGGUGGAAUGAAUACACCCCUGAUCAUACUUUUACAUUUUAGUCAUUUAGCAGAUGCUCUUAUCCAGAGCAACUUACAGGAGCAAUUAGGGUUAAGUACCUUGCUCAAGGGCACAUCGACAGAUUUUUCACCUAGUCGGGGAUUAGAACCAGCGACCUUUCGGUUACUGGCACAACGCUCUUAACCACUAAGCUACCUGCCGCAAACAGCCAAAUAUAAACCGCUCGUUGUAUUCCUUCUCGCAUCAACGCGCUCCCCUCACCUUUUCCCUUCGCUUCUGGACUUCAGUGCACAACACAUCAGCUGUCUGUGACCAGGCGAAAAAACCUUUCCAAACCAAACCUUCAUAUCAUAACAGCUACACACAGCUUACAUCGUUGUCACCAUAUUAGCUAAAGUAACAUCAUAGUCAACAUAGCUAAUAUAACUAACUCGUUAGUAAACCCGCUACAAUCAUGCAGUACAGUCAGUAAGCAAUUAACAGUUGCACCAAAUUAGUAAAACCAAAAGCUUACCUUGACUUGGAAGAGUUCCAGUGUUGGAUAGUCAUAGCCAGCUAGCUAACAUAGCAUCCCUCUCUGUUUGAGCCGGGUGUGUGAGUAGGCUAAAGUAGCUAGCUGCAUUUGCUACCUAAGUAAAUGAAAGUGAAUUGUUUUUAAAAACAUAUUUUCUAAUAUAGCUCUUUUGCUCCUCCAUUUAUGAGGAAAUUAAUUUGUUCAACUAUUGUCUUUCUCUCUCUUUGAGUCAACUACUCACCACAAGUUAUGCACUGCAGUGUUAUCUAGCUGUAGCUUAUGCUUUCAGUACUAGAUUCAUUCUCUGAGCCUUUGAUUGGGUGGACAUGUCAGUUCAUGCUGCAAGAGCUCUGAUGGGUUGGAGGAUGUCCUCCGGAAGUUGUCAUAAUUACUGUGUAAGUCUAUGGGAGAGGGUGAGAACCAUGAGCCUCCUAGGUUUUGUAUUGAAGUCAAUGUAUCCAGAGGAGGACGGAGCUAGCUGUCCUCCGGCUACACCGUGGUGCUACCCUUCAGAGUGCUGGUCACGCUACUGUAGACCUUCAUUGCAAAACAGUGUGUUUUAAUCAAUUAUUUGGUGACGUGAAUAUAUUUAGUAUAGUUUUAUCUAAAAAGGAUACGUUUUUAAAGGUUUCAUUAUUUUUAAUAAAUUCACUGAGGAGGAUGGUCUUCCUCUUCCUCUGAGCCUCUCUCUCUAUAUAUAGAGACAGACAGACACAGUCAAGUUUGGACACACCUACUCAUUCCAGGGUAUUUCUUUAUUUUUACUAUUUUCUACAUUGUAGAAUAAUAGUGAAUACAUCAAAACUAUGAAAUAACACAUAUGGAAUCAUGUAGUAACCAAAAAAGUGUUAAACAAAUCAAAAUAUAUUUUAUAUUUGAGAUUCUUCAAAUAGCCACCCUUUGCCUUGAUGACAGCUUUGCACACUCUUGGCAUUCUCUCAACCAGCUUCAUGAGGUAGUCACCUGGAAUGCAUUUCAAUUAACAGGUGUGCCGCCUUAAAAGUUAAUUGUGGAAUUUCUUUCCUCCUUAAUUUGUUUGAGCCAAUCAGUUGUGUUGUGACAAGGUAGGGGGGUAUAGAGAAUAUAGCCCUAUUUGGUAAAAGAGAAACGACAGUCCAUCAUUACUUUAAGACAUGAAGGUCAGUCAAUACAGAACAUUUCAAGAACUUUGAAAGUUUCUUCAAGUGCAGUCGCAAAAACCAUCAAGUGCUAUGAUGAAACUGGCUCUCAUGAGGACCGCCACAGGAAUGGAAGACCCAGUGUUACCUCUGCUGCAGAGGAUAAGUUCAUAAGAGUUACCAGCCUCAGAAAUUGCAGCCCAAAUAAAUGCUUCACCGAGUUCAAGUAACAGACACAUCUCAACAUCAACUGUUCAGAGGGGACUGUGUGAAUCAGGCCUUCAUGGUCGAAUUGCUGCAACGAAACCACUGCUAAAGGACACCAAUAAGAAGAAGAGACCUGCUUGAGCCAAGAAACCCGAGCAAUGGACAUUAGACCGGUGGAAAUGUGUCCUUUGGUCUGGAGUCCAAAUUUGAGAUUUUUGGUUCCAACCGCCAUGUCUUUGUGAGACGCGGUAUGGGUGAACGGAUGAUCUCUGCAUGUGUAGUUCCCACCAUAAAGUAUGGAGGAGGAGGUGUUAUUGCUUUGGGAUGAGUCGGACGGCAGAGUGAAGGAAAAGCAGCCAACAAGUGCUCAGCAUGUGGGAACUCCUUCAAGGCUGUUGGAAAAGCAUUCCAGGUGAACAUUCCAGGUGAAGCUGGUUGAGAGAAUGCCAACAGUGUGCAAAGCUGUCAUCAAGGCAAAGGGUGGCUAUUUGAAGAAUCUGAAAUAUCAAAUAUUUUUUGAUUUGUUUAACACAGGGGUGUCAAACGUCCGGCCCGCGGGCAGGAUCAGGCCCGCAAACGGGUUUAAUCCGGCCCGCGAGAUGAUUUUGUAAAGUAUAAAAAUGCGCUGCAAUUUUUCAAUAAAAUAAACUGCUGUUCCAAUUGCGUCCACUGGAUGGCGCAAUAGCAAUUGUGUUAAGCAAGCAAACUGUUUAUACCGGGGCAGAGCAAGUAGGUAAAGUCUGUGUUUACUCACAGCCGAGACAUCAGUGACGCUGCAGUGAAAGCUAGCUACCUCAUUGCUAAUGAAAUCGCAGUGGCUUCAAAACCAUUUAGUGAGGGUGAAUUUGUAAAAACAUGCAUGAUGAAGGCAGCGGAGAUUGUGUGCCCUGAAAAGCGUCAGGCUUUUGUAAAUAUCAGCCUGACAAGAAACACAGUUGCAGACAUAAUUUCCGAUCUUUCAGUGGAUUUGGACAGCCAGUUGAAGCAAAAAGUAAAGUCAUUUAUUGCGUUUUCGGUUGCAAUUGAUGAAAGCACGGACAUUACAGAUGUUGCACAACUGGCCAUUUUCAUCCGCGGAGUUGAUGACACAUUGACCGUCACCGAGGAGUUCGUGGAGUUGGUGCCGAUGACAGAUACAACGACAGCAGCUGAUAUUUUUACCGCACUCGUCGGCGUGCUGGACAGGGUCGGAGUGGACUGGUCCCGCGCUGUCAGCCUGGCUACAGAUGGUGCGCCCUCAAUGAUCGGGAAAAAAGCAGGCGUUGUGACAAAGUUCAGAGAGAAAGUGCAAUCUGCAAAUGGAGGAUGUGAUUUUUUGACUUUUCACUGUAUUUUGCACCAGGAGGCUUUGUGUUGCAAGUCAUUAAAGAUGGAUAACGUCAUGAAGGUGGUCAUCCAAACUGUUAAUUUCAUCCGACCCAGAAGCCUGAAUCACCGUCAGUUUGACAGCCUUCUCAGAGAGAAAGACCACAUAUAUGGCCUGCCAUACCACACUGAGGUAAGAUGGUUAAGCCGAGGUGCUGAGGCGUUUCUUUGAUUUACGAGAAGAAAUUGAACAGUUCAUGGAAGAAAAGGGCAAACCAGUGUUAGAAUUCCAUUCCGCAGAAUGGAUGCAGGACCUUGCAUUUAUGGUGGAUGUUACAGAGCACGUGAAUAACUUGAACAAACAGCUGCAAGGGCGCAACAAAGUUGUCACGCAGUAUUAUGACAGCAUACGUUCUUUCAAGUUGAAGCUGUCAUUGUGGGAGACGCAACUUGCCGGUGGUGAUGCAGCUCACUUCCCCUGUCUGAAAAAUGUGUGCGCGACCCAACAUGUGGCAGACAUGAAGCGGUUCAAAGAUAAAAUAACGGGACUGUUACGGGAGUUUGAGCAACGCUUUCAGAUUUUUGGUGAACUGGAGAAAGACUUCAACGUUUUUUGCUCGCCAUUCACCGUGAAUCCCUUUGAUCUGCCCGUCAGCAUCCAACUUGAAAUAGACUUGCAGUGUGACUCGGAUUUGAAGGGCAAAUUUGCUGCAGCUGGCUUGGACACAUUUAAUCAGAAUCUCUUGCCAGGUUACCCCAACUUGACAGCCCUCGCUGCAAAACUGUUGUGCAUAUUUGGAACCACAUAUCUUUGUGAGCAAGUUUUCUCUGUAAUGAGCAUAAAUAAAACAAAGCUGCGCUCAAGGCUCACGCACAAGCACUUGAAUCACAUCCUGAAGUUGGCUGCCACUCAGGAUGUGACGCCUGAUAUUGAUGCGCUGGUGAAAGCUAAAAGAUGCCAGGUAUCAGGAGUCAAAUAAACUAUGCAACCCCACUUAAAGUGCUACAUGAGACACCCUGAUAUAGUUCUGUGAUCUGUGAUAUACUUCUGUGAAUCACUGAGGCAUUGUGUGUUUGUGUGUUCUUUGUCCUCAGAACUUUCAAAUAACUUGAGGUGUUUUAUGAUUAAUAGUGAUGUUGUGCUUUUGGACACACUGUCCUCAGGCUCCAGCUUUAUGUUUAUAUGUUUUUAUGUUGAUGUGCUAUUGUUUUUAAUUUAUUUUAUUUUAUUUGUAUAUUUAACCUAUUCUUGACUCUGUGGUUCUUGCACUUGUUUGGGGAACAGGAUUUCAUUCUUUUUAUCUACAUUUCUGCCUGAGAAAUGACCCCCUGAUAUAGUUCUGUGAUCUGUGAAACAGUUCUGUUAAUCACUGAGGCAUUGUGUGUUUGUUCUUUUUCUUUAGAAUUUUCAAAUAAACUUGACGUGUUUUAUGAUUAAUAGUGAUGUUGUGCUUGUACUAUUUUGGACACACUGUCCUCAGGCUCCAGCUUUAUGUUGUAUGUUGAUCGUAUUAAAACAAAGAAAACAAUCUGAAGCUGUUGUUUUUAAGUUAUAUAUAUAUACCAUGAUUUUUCCUGUCCGGCCCACUUGGGAAUAGAUUUUCCUCCAUGUGGCCCCUGAGCUAAAAUGAGUUUGACACCCCUGGUUUAACACUUUUGGUUACUACAUGAUUCUGUAUGUUAUUUCAUAGUUUUGAUGUCUUCACUAUUAUUCUACAAUGUAGAAAAUAGUAAAAAUAAAGAACCCUUGAAUGAGUAGGUGUGUCCAAACUUUUGACUGGUACUCUGUGUGUGUGUGUGUGUGUGUGUGUGUGUGUGUGUAUGUAUGUAUGUAUGUAUGUAUGUAUAUAUACAGUGGGGGAAAAAAGUAUUUAGUCAGCCACCAAUUGUGCAUGUUCUCCCACUUAAAAAGAUGAGAGAGGCCUGUAAUUUUCAUCAUAGGUACACGUCAACUAUGACAGACAAAAUGAGAAAAAAAAAUCACAUUGUAGGAUUUUUAAUGAAUUUAUUUGCAAAUUAUGGUGGAAAAUAAGUAUUUGGUCAAUAACAAAAGUUUCUCAAUACUUUGUUAUAUACCCUUUGUUGGCAAUGACACAGGUCAUUCCUCCAUGCAGAUCUCCUCUAGAGCUGUGAUGUUUUGGGGCUGUCGCUGGUCAACACGGACUUUCAACUCCCUCCAAAGAUUCUCUAUGGGGUUGAGAUCUGGAGACUGGCUAGGCCACUCCAGGACCUUGAAAUGCUUCUUACGAAGCCACUCCUUUGUUGCCCGUGCUGUGUGUUUGGGAUCAUUGUCAUGCUGAAAGACCCAGCCACGUUUAAUCUUCAAUGCCCUUGCUGAUGGAAGGAGGUUUUCACUCAAAAUCUCACGAUACAUGGCCCCAUUCAUUCUUUCCUUUACACGGAUCAGUCGUCCUGGUCCCUUUGCAGAAAAACAGCCCCAAAGCAUGAUGUUUCCACCCCAUGCUUCACAGUAGGUAUGGUGUUCUUUGGAUGCAACUCAGCAUUCUUUGUCCUCCAAACACGACGAGUUGAGUUUUUACCAAAAAGUUCUAUUUUGGUUUCAUCUGACCAUAUGACAUUCUCCCAAUCCUCUUCUGGAUCAUCCAAAUGCACUCUAGCAAACUUCAGACGGGCCUGGACAUGUACUGGCUUAAGCAGGGGGACACGUCUGGCACUGCAGGAUUUGAGUCCCUGGCGGCGUAGUGUGUUACUGAUGGUAGGCUUUGUUACUUUGGUCCCAGCUCUCUGCAGGUCAUUCACUAGGUCCCCCCGUGUGGUUCUGGGAUUUUUGCUCACCGUUCUUGUGAUCAUUUUGACCCCACAGGGUGAGAUCUUGCAUGGAGCCCCAGAUCGAGGGAGAUUAUCAGUGGUCUUGUAUGUCUUCCAUUUCCUAAUAAUUGCUCCCACAGUUGAUUUUCUUCAAACCAAGCUGCUUACCUAUUGCAGAUUCAGUCUUCCCAGCCUGGUGCAGGUCUACAAUUUUGUUUCUGGUGUCCUUUGACAGCUCUUUGGUCUUGGCCAUAGUGGAGUUUGGAGUGUGACUGUUUGAGGUUGUGGACAGGUGUCUUUUAUACUGAUAACAAGUUCAAACAGGUGCCAUUAAAACAGGUAACGAGUGGAGGACAGAGGAGCCUCUUAAAGAAGAAGUUACAGGUCUGUGAGAGCCAGAAAUCUUGCUUGUUUGUAGGUGACCAAAUACUUAUUUUCCACCAUAAUUUGCAAAUAAAUUCAUAAAAAAUCCUACAAUGUAAUUUUCUGGAUUUUUUUCCCUCAAUUUGUCAGUCAUAGUUGACGUGUACCUAUGAUGAAAAUUACAGGACUCUCUCAUCUUUUUAAGUGGGAGAACUUGCACAAUUGGUGGCUGACUAAAUACUUUUUUUCCCCCACUGUGUGUGUGUGUGUGUAUAUGUGUGUGUGUGUAUAUAUAUAUAUAUAUAUAUAUAUAUAUAUAUAUAUAUAUAUAACCAAGGAAAAUAACAUUUUUGACUACACUGGGCCUUUUAAACAGUUAAGUUAACCUCCCAGUAACCUGCAGAUGGAAAGUAAGCAUGUACAUGUGGUGACAUGUUUGUUGUGCAUGGUCCCUGACAAUUAAACUAAAACUAGUCUAGGACGAGGACUGAUGGUCAAUCUUGUGUGUCUCUCUUCUUCCCAGAUCAAAGGCUCGUGGUCGGGGAAGAGUGGGGCGGAGGACACUGCUAACCCCUACAGCUAUAACAACAUCAUUACUAACUGCUGCUCUGUACUCUGUGGACCCAUGCCUCCCAGGUGAGACUCAACCUGGUUUAUAAUGCAUAUUUGAUAGGGUUUGAGUCAGUACAUUUUUAAAAUCUCUCCAUUGUUUUCUGAGGAUUUUCUCCAAAGCAUGAAUUUAAUUUCUAUCCACUCCUUGAAUUGACUAAACAGGAAACUGAAUUGACCCUAACCCUGAAGCCUAACCUUUCUGACUAACCUGUUUCCUCCAUGUUGUCCCGUGUCAGUUUGAUUGACAGGCGAGGCUUCGUACCGGUGGAGGAGUCAUCCCAGACAGUUGCCACGGAGAUAGAGCUGCCCAUGCUGGCUGCUAAGAACGAGAUAAACGUGGUAGGAGGGCCCACGCCGUCACAGCUGCCCCCCUCCCCUUUACCUGCAACCCCCAACCCCCCUCAGCCUGACUGGCAGACCCCAGUUUAGUUGCCUGUUCUAACCCAACCCCCUUUGACUGUUUGCUGACUGGCUGUUGUGUAUGGGGUCACCCUCUCAUGACAGUCCCACAUACCAGUGUACUGUUUAACUAUUGGUCAGGAUCCAGUACAGACCAGUGUACUGUAUUACUGUGGGUCAGGAUCCAGUACAGACCAGUGUACUGUAUUACUGUGGGUCAGGAUCCAGUACAGACCAGUGUACUGUAUUACUAUUGGUCAGGAUCCAGUACAGACCAGUGUACUAUAUUACUGUGGGUCAGGAUCCAGUACAUACCAGUGUACUUUAUUACUAUUGGUCAGGAUCUGGUAUUCAGGACAUUACAGCUGGUGAUUUCAGUAAAAACAACAAAGGACACCUGGGUUUCUCCCUACUCCCCACUGUUGUUUUGGUCAUUACAUAUGGUGUUGCCUGGUCCUGGUAGCCUAGUCUACACCAGACUGUUCAUCGUUUACAGCUGACAGUAAAAGACGAGGAAGUGAAACCGGAUGCUAGGCCAUGUUUGACCUGGGUGUAGCUCAACGUCUUAACGUCAUAACCAGGCAACUCAGUGUUAUUUAUGUCUUUUCAUUUCAGUGAAAAGGGGAACAUAGCCUAUAGAUGAUUCAUCCACUUCCUAGCUGGGUUAGAGGCUUUGCUGUUGUUGUUUUUGAGGUUGAGAAAACUUAGGUGCUAGGAGUUUAUUAAAACAUGUUGGUUUACAAAGUGUGACUGCCAUUGGGCUAUUUAGUUCAGUCUGACAGCAGUGGCACUCUCCACUGUUUGCUUCUUCCAAACCAACAGGCCUUUCUUCUGUUUACACUCAAGCAAUAUAGGGACAAGCUAACCUAACCUUUUACUUUAAGGAUACAAGGGCUCAAUAUUGUCUGCUGGAAGUUUGCAUAUUAUGUAUAUUUUUGCACAGAAGAAGUUAGACCAUGUACAGUAUUAGUUCAGAAUUUAUACUUUUAGCAAACACAUGCUGGUAAUGGAAGUGGUUACUGCUGGAAAUGUACCUGUCACAAACACAUAUCUGUACCCAAGUGCUGUUUUAAUUUGUCUCAAUCUGGAAACAAUCUGGUCAGCUGAAAUAGUGGGGGAAAUGUUUUAUUGAUGCACAUGGAAUUUACAGAUUGAUGCACAUGGAAUUUACAGAUAUUGAACACACUCAUUUGGCUUUCCUCAAUGUUCUUGUUGUCGUCUGUAUUUAAUAUUUGUCUCUGACGUGAGUCUGUUAUUACAUUUACAUUUUAGUCAUUUAGCAGACGCUCUUAUCCAGAGAGACUUACAGUUAGUGCAUAUUUGUAUUUUAUUUUUUCAUACUGGCCCCCCGUGGGAAUUGAACCCACAACCUGGCGUUGCAAACGCUAUGCUCUACCAACUGAGCUACAUCCCUGCCGGCCAUUCCCUCCCCUACCCUGGACUACGCUGGGCCAAUUGUGCGCCGCCCCAUUGGUCUCCCGGUCGCGGAUCUCUAGUGGCACUGCUAGCACUGCGAUGCAGUGCCUUAGACCACUGCGCCACUCAGGAGGUUGUUAUCUGUGUCAUAACACACAAGCUACCUACAUUUUUACAUUUUAGUCAUUUAGCAGACGCUCUUAUCCAGAGCGACUUACAGGAGCAAAUGGGGUUCAGUGACUUGGUCAAGGGGAUUCGAACCAGCGACUCCAACGCUGGCCCAAUGCUCUUAACUACUAGGGUACCUGCCGCCCUCAAGUCAAAAUCAUCUCCCUCUUACUGUUUUCUUAUGCUUUUUUAUAUUUUAUAUAUAUUGUUUGUCUUUGUUUAUUUUGGCAUUUUAAAUAUUUGUCAUUUUGGAUUAUUAUGUCCAUCUGAAAUGUACAGUAUUAAAUAUAUUGCAUUUGUACAGUAUUAAAUAUAUUGCAUUUUAAAAGAAAAUAAACACAUUUAUUUCCAAAUGAGUUCUCAAUAGACAUGCAUAAAAAAAAAAAGAUGUAGCAUAAUCAUAAAUGUGUGAACAGUCCCUAUGUAGUCAUUGUCACUAAGUCUUACCCCUGUGUACGUAUUCCAUAGUGUCAGCUGGUAAUGUGUCUCUCUGUACUUGUGUGUGUACUGGAUGUCCCAUCACCACCCACCACUAGGAGGAUAACUGUCUGGACUUUGCUGUGUCCUGUGCUGGCUGAUGAGCCAGGUUUGUGGAGACAGACAGGUUGGUGAGAUGACCCCAGGUAGAGUGCAGUGCAGGGUGUUUGGCUGGCCUUAUCCAUCUCUGUGGCUACUGUGUCUGCAUCUGGGUCAAUUGAGGAAGUGAAUUUUAAUGUCAAUUCACUUAUUUGAAAUUUCUAGGGGGCCCUCUCUGUGGCUGGUUGCUGUCUGCUUUUCUUGCUGCCUGCCUGGCUGGCUUCUUUCACAGUGCUGCUAUGCUUCUUCCUUUACCACGUCUGAUUCCUACCACGUCAGGCUGUAUCCCAUCACACACAAACUCAAGCUCCAGACUUGUGAGAUUUGCAAUAUCAGACGCUCAAAAACUGAGGAAAGGAUAAUGGUACAUUUGUUGUACUUUAAUUGCUAUAUUUGUAUUGUUUUCUUGUCAGCUAUGCCCGUGCAGAUACACUCAUGCAUGCUUAAAUGCACAGAUCCACUGAGCUCAAAGUAUUGGGACAGUGAAAUUGUUGAUUUGGCUCUAUGCUCCAGCACUUUGGAUUUGAAAUGAUACAAUGACUGGGGUUAAAGUGCAGACUGUCAGCUUUAAUUUGAGGUUAUUUUCAUCCAUAUCGGGUGAACCGUUUAGUAAUUACAGCACUUUAUGCACAUAGUACCCCCAUUUUAGGGGACCAAAGUAUUGGGACAAAUUCACUUGUGUAUUAAAGCAGUCAAAAGUUUAGUAUUUGUUCCCAUAUUCCUAGCACGCAAUGAUUACAUCAAGCUUGUGACUCUACAAACAUGUUGGAUGCAUUUGCUUUUUGUUUUGGUUGUGUUUCAGAUAACUUUGUGGCCAAUAGAAAUGAAUGGUAAAUAAUGUAUUGUCAUUUGAGUAACUUUUAUAAUAAAUAACAGUAGAAUAUGUUUCUAAACACUUUAACAUUAAUGUGGAUGCUACCAUGAUUAUGGGUAGUCCUGAAUGAAUUGUGAAUAAUGAGUGAGAAAGUUAGACACACAAGUAUCAUCCCCCUCCCCUGUUAUUGUAAUGGUGAAAGGUUAGCAUGUCUUGGGGGUAUGAUAUUUGUGUGAUAUCUGUAACUUUCUCACUCAUCAUUAUUCACAAUUCAUUCAGGACUAUCUUUAAUCAUGGAAGCGUCCACAUUAAUGUAGAAGUGUUUAGAAACAUUCUAUUCUUAUUAACAAUUGAAUUUGUCCCAAAACAUUUGGUCCCCUAAAAUGGGUGUACUAUCUAUGUACAAAAAGUGCUGUAAUUUCUAAAUGGGUCACCCGAUAUGGCUGAAAAUACCCUCAAAUGAAAGCUGACAGUCUGCACUUUAACCUCCCAGUCAUUGUAUAAUUUCAAAUCCAGUGCUGGAGUAUAGAGCCAAAACAACCAAAAAUGUACUUUUGGAGCACACCAGACAAUGAUCAAAAUAACAUGUUCAUGCAGUAGACUUAAUCGCUUACAGCGAGUCAGUCUUCACACCUGCUUAUUUCUUUUCUCUUUCGAAGCAUAAAUGGCUUGACAGAAUUGUUCCUGAGGAGAAAAUGCAAACCCUAAACCCUUCUAAAUUCCCCUUGGUGGGCAGGUUCUGAAUGUGUUAAAUGUGUGCUGACAGCUACGCCAGUUCUUUACAUAACAUCGUAAAAGCAUCUCUGUCUUCUCUACUCAACCAGUCAGACAUGCAAUCAUCUCCACAGUACAAUGUUUAUGCUCUGGUGGCUUUUGUUGGCCUUUGUUACUUCAUCUUUCAAGUAACUUUCAUUGAUCUGUCAUUUUUGCAAGUGAGAAUAAACCCCUCAAAGGACUUUUUCUUCAAGGCAAUCGCCUCGUCUCCAGCCGUUAAGGAAUCUUACCUGACUCUCAAACGAGAAUUUGACGUGAUCUCUGGUACUGUGGGAAUACCAUGGCUGGAUUGAUACAACAGCACUGUUACUUUGUGACUCCAAGUAACAUUUCAUCCUCAUCUGCAUGGUUACCCCUCACCAAAGCGACUGUCGGCUACCAAUCAUCAUCAGAAUACCUGCAUGUCCUUCUUGCACCACUAUAAUGACCUUUUGACCCAUAGCUUUGCUCUGCAUAGCUGUCUGAGGGACCUGUCCUCUCCCUGGGGGGAUUUAUUUCUCUUAAAUAUUGCUUUCUUAUUUCUGUUUGUUGCUUCUGUCAUUUUCUGCUCAGCUGUUUCUCAGUCUUUUUUCCAACUCCUCCAAUGAUGUCUUAUUCUUUGCUUUUCUGUCUUCCCCUUUAUCUUAUCUUGCUCGCUCUGCCUCUUUCUCUCUUGCUCGCUCUGCCUCUCUCUCGCUCGCUCUCUCUGCCGCUCGCUCUCUCUCGCUCGCUCUCCUUCCACCCAAUGCACACAGGGAACUAAAGACCUGUUGGAGUCGGCCUCUCCAUGCCCCCAGACAGGGAAACCCCAGACCGUCUCUACUUCCUGUCUAGACAGCAUCGACCCAACUGACCCUGCGGUGACCUUUAACCCUGCUGUGACCUCUGACCCUGUUGCUGUACCCUCUCUGACAUGCGGAGGCCGCCACCACAGCCAUACCACCAGCCCUCCGGACGAACCCCGCCAGCAGCACCGCCACCAUAACCGGCACCACAAGACCCGGUCAAAGCGGAGCAGCAGCAAGCGGGUUGCUCUCCACAUCUCCAACCCGGCUUACAACGUCAGCCUCAGCCCCCCCACCUUUCCAGGCCUGGGGCCUAGUCAUGGUACAGGGGCAGAGGACCACAGAUGA